AAAAAGAAAAAAAAAAUAACAAAAGAAGUAAACCAAAAUAAUCCCUCUCCUUCCCCACUCCUCCCCUCUGUUCUCCCCCUUUACCCUGCCGGUUCUUCUUCCUCUUCUCUUCAAGGGUCGCGCCGGCGGGCAAUAAAUCGAAUAACCAUCCCGGGAAUUGCAGAGAAAGAUUUGCUUGCUUCUUUCCAGUUUUCCGAGCAGCAGAGCUAGGCGGCGGUUGGUAAAGAAUGCCGUUGACGAGGUACCAGAUAAGGAACGAGUAUGGUUUGGCCGAUCCGGAGUUGUACAAAGCUGCAGACAGAGAUGAUCCCGAGGCUCUAUUGGAGGGCGUCGCCAUGGCUGGCCUCGUUGGUGUAUUGCGGCAGCUCGGUGACCUUGCUGAGUUUGCCGCUGAGAUAUUUCAUCACUUGCAUGAAGAAGUAAUGACAACUGCCGCAAGAGGUCACAGUCUAAUGGCUCGUGUUCAACAGCUCGAGGCAGAAGUUCCUUCAGUUGAGAAGGCAUUUCUGUCUCAAACUGACCACUCGUCGUUCUAUGCAAAUGGAGCAGCAGGUGUCGAUUGGCAUCCUAAUCUGCACAUGGAACAAAAUCUGAUUACUCAAGGAGACUUGCCCCGCUUUGUAAUGGAUUCUUAUGAGGAAUGCAGGGGUCCUCCAAGGCUAUUUUUAUUGGAUAAAUUCGAUGUUGCAGGGGCAGGUGCAUGUUUGAAGCGUUACACUGAUCCCUCAAUCUUUAAAAUUGACGCAAUAUCAUCUACUACAAUGGAAAUGCAGAGAGAGAAGAAAGCUCGAAAAGUGAAGAAGAAAGGGCGGUGGAGGAAUGGAGAAACUCCCGAAGUUACACCAACAUCACAUGCCAAAUUACAUCAGCUGUUCCUGGAAGAGCGUGUUGCAAAUGGACAUUCUGAUCCAGCUCGUGUAGUAAACUUGAAAAGAAGGCAGUUAACUGGAUCUCCAUUAGAUAUGAAAUCCGGGAAAAGCUACAUGCAGAAAUUCCUGGACACUCUUUCACCAGAUAACAAAGCAGUGUAUGAAGAUUCUGUUAAUCCACCACUCUCGACUUUAACACAGGAUGGCUACAAAGGAUCAGGACUUGAGAUUGUGGAGAUUACAGCUGUUAGUCCUGUGAAGCAGUCAUCUCCAGAUAAGGGAAGCAUACGUUUCUCACCGGAGGCCCAGGUUGAUCUACUACAACAUGAUGAGUUGAAUGGGGAGGAUACUGAUAAACAGAUGGUGAAGGUCUCUGAUACCGUCACUGAUUGUGAAACCGACGAAUCAUCUCCUUCUUCUGUUCACAAGAUGCCAAUUGGAGAGGAAUUAGCUAUUUAUGCAGGUGGUAGGAGAAGUGAUAGUUCUGAAGGGGACCAAUCUGACGAUAUGAUCAGUGAGGUAGAAAACUACCUGGAUGCUCUCACAACCAUGGAGUCAGAAAUAGAGACCGAUACUGAAUACAAAUCUAAGAAAGAUGGCGUCUUAAAGUUUGUGAGACGUGAGGCGGAAUCUGAUACAAAUGAGGAAAGACGGCAUGGCAUUCAAGUGAAGUUUCUGAAUUCUCAGUCGUUCGGAAAUUCCUCAGCGUCUGACGAUGGAAACAGUUCAAUAUACAAAGGAGGGUCUAGUAUUUCAGUAUCCGACUCCCUGAGCCAUGCGGCUGAGAAUGUACAAUCUGAUGGGGAAGGGCCGUCGAAAGUUUGCCGUUCUAGGGAAGAUAGUAUCGCGGAGACUUCCACGUUGCAGUCAGACUCUUCCUCUCCUCAUAUAGUGCCUUGCACAAUUCAAGAAUCCCAAGAGCUUGAGGUCUCGACUGAUAUGUGUUCUGAGGAAGAGAAAAUCGACAAGUUAGUGCCAACUUUUUCUGUUGCAAAUCCUUUCACGGAGUCUGUAGGAGAAGAUUCAGGUAAAAGAACACAGGUAGAUGGAGUUGCUACUCCUGGGUUAGAACUUGAAACCAUCAUCGGAAAUCUAGAGAUUUCUUCUGUGGGUUCAUCUGAAAUCCCAUGGCAUACGAAGCAGGUUGCUCCUUCGAUAGGUCCUUCUGAAGGUAAUUCCACGAGUGACCAGCAGCAGGAAGAUCCUAAAGCUUUGCCUUCCUAUUUGUCAUAUCUAAAUUCUGUACAGAGCAGCCAAGACGAUCCCUUACAUGACAUGUCAAAAAUUAAUUACUCAGGUUAUGCUGCUGGAAAUGUGAUCCCUCAUCAGUUGCCAUCUGAACUUGAUAACAUGGUUGAAGAAGCAACAGAAGUCAACAAUGUCAAAGAUGCACUCAUAAAGGCCACCUUACUAUCUGGUAUGCAGUCCGCUCAAGCAGGCCUUCCAAAUGCUGAGCUGGAAACAAAAAAUCUUAAAGAAGAUAUUUCUGUUGUUUCAGACAAGGAGGAAAUGUCAAGUGAAGCUAAUGCAGGUGGCAUUGUUGCAGAAGAUUCUUAUGAAUGUAUUGAUGAAUCUGGUCUACGGGAUCUGACUGACUUGAACAGCACUCUAACCGAGGCUGAUCAGCCAAAUGAUAUAUUUGCUAGUGAUGUGCAUGGAGACGACACUCUUUGUACAUUGUCAAAUGUGAUUGGUUCUCCAUCUAGCCAUCCAUCAUCUGAUGACCAACAUCAGACACCAGUGGACCUUCAUCAGGAUAUUUCCUCAGAAACUGAACCGGAGACGCAAAAUGAAGUCAUUAUGAAAGAUAAAGAAUUUAGUCAAGGUGAAUCCAUCUUCGCUUACCCAUCUGAAGCAGAUGCAAUGGCUCGUGUUUAUUAUGCAGACCCUGUUGGAAAACAAGCGAGUUUUGGUGUAGGUGAUGCCAGUAGAGAAGAAGUUUCAGGAGUAAAUCACAGUGUGUUGGAAUUGCAAGCUCUCUAUAUUUCAAAAGAGGCAUCUGAAGGUGAUAGUUGUUUCCAUGUAAAUGGUCUCCCUGAGCCGGGAAUUCCUUCUGAGCAGGCAUGGGAUUUGCAUCCUGAUCAAACUGAUGAGAGUUGUCCAGAACAAGAUAAGGCAGGAGGCUCUACCUCAUCAAAUCUUCAAUUCAAAGAUGUGCAUACUUUGCCUCCUGGACUGGGCACUCUCUCCACUGGUAAAGAAGUGAAUGUAGAUGAGGCUCCCCCUUUGCCACCUUUACCUCCUAUGCAAUGGAGAAUGGGAAAGUUUCAGCCUGCUUCACCUUCUUCGCAGACUGCAUGGUUUGGCCACUUCAAUAAUCUACCAAUGCAACCUUUUGCAGCUGAGGAGCACACCGGGCCUUCAGGCCCAUUCCCAACUAACAUUAUUGAAGAUGGUCAGACGGCUGCUUGCUUACCCAUGGAUGAUUCAAUGCAGAAUUCCUUGCAGCAGCUAAAUCACUCAUCAUUUGAAUUGGCAUCAGUUGCUAAUGCUGCAAAUAUUGAACAAUAUUCAUAUCAGCCUUCACACACAUUCCCAAGCAACAUUAUUGAGGAUAGUCAGAUGGUUCCCUGUUCACCUAUGGAUGAUUCAAUAGAAGAUACCUUGAAGCAGCCAAAUUCCUUGUCAGCUGAAUUGUCAUCAGUUGCUAAUGCUGCGAAUCUGAAACAGGAAUCACACCCAUUGGAAGAACUGGAUCCUUCAAACCCAUUUGUUACCUCGGAAGAAAUAUCAAAUGAGGGACCUGAGCUCAGUGACCUUCCAUCAGGAGAAUCGAAGCACUAUAGUCCAGAGUCCUUCCAAUCUGCACCAUCCAUGGCCAAUACACCUCCAGAAGCUGAUCUUGUGUCCUCUUCUCAGGAUCAUGGAGAAGGUAGCUUCAAUGGAUUAGUAGCCGAACCAGGUCUAGUAAACCCAGAAAGGGAAUCGUUGGAGGAGGCUCCUGAGGAAUCUGUGGCAAAGGAGCAACUAGAGCAAAAAAUGGUUACAUCUUAUGGAGGAGGAACAUCGUGGCCUCCAACAACAUUAGCCCUGCCACCAUCCUAUGAAGUCGGAAAGGCAGCAAACGGCAGCAAGCUUCCUCGCCCUAGGAAUCCUCUUAUUGAUGCUGUUGCUGCAAUUGAUAAAAGCAAGUUGAGGAAGGCAGCUGAAAGAGUUCAGCCACAGGUUAGCGCAAAUGCAGAAGAAAGGGAUUCACUACUGGAACAGAUCCGGACAAAGUCGUUUAACUUGAAGCCCACGGCAGUGAGUAGGCCUAGUAUGCGUCCUAGCAUGCCCGGAAUUCAUGGUCCCAAAACCAAUUUGAGAGUUGCUGCUAUCUUGGAGAAAGCAAAUGCUAUCCGCCAGGCAUUUGCUGGGAGCGAUGAAGACGAUGAUGAUAGCUGGAGUGAUUCUUGAGCAUGACUUGCUGAACAAGUUACCAUACCAUGGUGGUUGUUUCUGUGAUAUUAGUAAACUGUAAAAAGCAAUAUCAGGCUCUCCGGUAUAAGUAAAUAUAUGUCGUUCGUUGUAAUGCCCCGGCUUGAGUUUGGGUUUGCCCACUAGUUUAGCUGUAUUCAUUUUGGCGAGGAUGGUUCUCCAGGCACAGCAUUCUCUAUACAAAGACUACUGUGGAACAGCGUGCAAGCGCUCCCCACCAAUCAGAUGGUACUCCCAUAUAUAAUUGUAUCAAAUAUAUCCUGACGGUGUAAAUAGCAUUGCAAUUUGCAUAGAGGCUUUUUUGUGUGUAUUUUCAUAAUUUUCUGGCUUAGUUACCCCUCUGUAUCUAGUCGUUAAGUUGAUGCUUAAACUAAAGUCUGUCAUUUCGGAUGUUUUGUUUUGGGCGUAUGGAGCACACAGACCUUAAAGAUUUAUACAAUACUGUAAGUAAAAGGAUGAUGCGUUGGCUGCUGUAACUAUGCAGUAAAUGGACUCUUGCCUUCUCGUCUGUCUUUUCUUUAUGCUGUUAUGCAGUCCAAAUCAGAUAGCGAGCUUUGAUUUGAUAACAAACUGGAUGGUGGCCUGAUGGAAA